ACAGUUUCAAUAUGGCCGCGUCCAUGCGACGGGUGUGCCAAACAUGUUUUCAGAGAAAGUUGUACAGAACGUUGUUUAAGACAAAUCCAAGUGUUGUUGUGCCAGAUAAAGGCUACAAGCGUUGGGUUCCAAAGGUUGACAACCUAUGGUACAACCAAAGACUUGCAGCAGGGCCGGAAGUGGAGAGACAUCGAUCAGAGUGGAUCAACUGGAAUUAUGAUGCUGAAAUCUAUGCCUUUGGUAAAAGACUGGGUGAGGAGUUUGAAGAAAGCACCCUGCGGAGAGCUUUAACACACAGAUCAUACAUUGAGAAAGAAGAACAAAGGCGACAAGAGCUGGGAAUUGACCUUGAUGCUGCACCGCUUGGUCUAACGGAUAACCAAGAAUUAGCAGCUACUGGGUCUGAGUCUAUGGGUUUUCAUAUACAUCAAGGCCUAUCUGUAGUUGCCAUGUUUAUCCCCACUUGUUUGAGGAGAGGAGUAAGGUAUGGAAAACAGCAACCCAUGCAGGCGCUGCUCCGCAUUCUGCCGUCCUUGGUGCAGGACGUGGUGGAUCCCCUCUUGGCUGGGUCACGCCUCCGCUUUGACUUGCCAGAGCUUGUCAGGAGGUACCAGCUGGGGGAAGAUUCCCUGUUCUUCGUGCCAGUGGUGCGGCGAAUGUGUGUUCGCCGGUGCGCCCUGGGGAGGCUCGGCUUCCUCGGGCAGCUCCGGCUGCCAGGCAAGGCGUUUGGCGCCACCUUUUGCCCUGGCGGGCAUCCCCUGCGGCAUGCUUACCCGGACCUACGAGGAGGUUUGCGGGCAGCUAUGCAGCAGCGACUCCUUGCGGUCGGCGGCGUCGGCGGUGAUGUCGCGCAGUCAUGGGGAUCGCAAAGCUGUGGCUGUCGGCGUCUCGGUACUUUCGGCGGCUACACAGCAGACCUUGCUGGCCCUCCCCUACCGUCUGGGGCGGCGUUGUUUCCUGGGGCCCAGCAGGUCAUCCGGGGAGGCUGCGCUGCAGCUACCUCCUUCAAGGACUCCAAGGCCUUGUUGGAGCAGCCAGCGGGCUUCGCCCCCCAGCUCCGUUCCGGCUUCCUCCUCCGGGGUGCAGCCUACACCCGAGUCUGCUGGCUGGCUUGGGCCGCUCGGCAGGGUGUCGGCCAUUUACCACUGUGGAGAGGUCCGCCAGACUUCACCGGCAUCGCCCUCCUCCGUGCCGUCAUGUCAGGGCAGAGACAGAGCUCAUUUUUUGUUCGGGACUUUGUGCUGCCUCAACUGAUUGAAGCAGACAUUGCAGAGCUGUGGACUAUCUCCAACCCUAUGGGGCUCCUGGAGGACAUGUUGUCAAGGGAGGGGCGGCCAGCUCCAGAACCCAGGUUACAAUGGAGUUCCGCCUCCCAGACAGUGAUGUCCCUGUACUAUGUUGGCAUAUACUCUGAUGGACGUCUCCUGGGCCAGUCACCAGGUGAGACGCUGGCUAUAGCAGAGGAGAUGGCAGCUAGAGAUGCUUUAAAGAACCAGUUGGGACUUGCCGACAGCCGGUCCCCCCUCCCCCUCGGUAGCCUUGCCGACUCACUGCAGAUCGACUUCGACAGAGUGAACCCAAGUCUGGCAGACUUGACUGCCUUGGAGGCUUCUUCAGUGUAGAACGGUGUGACAUAAACAAUCUAGCGUCAAGAUUGGGAGCACUGUUUGAUGUCAUACAGAGGGAUCGGUCAUAACUGAAGCCUCCACAGUUAUCGUGUGAUCAAUGAAUUCAUAAUGAUGCCUGAUGUAUCAUUGUUGUGGUGCACGACUUCAUCAGUGUCUAAAUGCCAACACUGUCGCCAGUGUGUAUGAGUGAGUGAAUGAAAGUGAGUGAUUCCAGUGCAGAGAUCUUACAGAGCUGCAAUAUUAUGAGAAAAACACUCAGGUUUCCAACUAACAAUGUGACAAUGUAAUAAACAAGCACUUAUAAUGCCCAUAUGACAUAACAUAACAAAACAACUGGGUAAUGUCAGUGUACACAGAUAGUUCAAGUAAUUGACACUGGGAUUUUCACAUUUAAUGAAUGACCAUGCAUUCUCAUUAGGUUAGGACUAAAUAUUAUAUUGAUUUGUCAGUCUUUGAAAUAAAAGAUAAAAUAACAUACUGUACCAGCUAAACAUUAAUUUGCAUCCUUCAUACUGCACAUUGACUUCUGGAUAAACAGGGCUUGAUAUGUGGCAAGAAUUAGCUCCCUUGAAUUGGCACCCUUGUACACAAGCAUUGAUGAGCUGGUGGUAUAGUUGCAUGUGUUAUUGAUGUUAGCAGGAGAUUGAACCUACAAAGUGUUCCAGUGUUGAAUUGCGAUAAAAUAAACUAUUGAACUACCA